AUGACCUCGGUAGCCCGUGGGCUCAGCCCAGAGAGUGAAAGUUUUCUCAAGGAGGUCAUUGAGACUUUCCAGAAUGUAGUGAGCAAAGGGAUGCUGCACGUCCUGCUGACUGACCAUGAAGCCUGGGAGAGAUUUGUGGCUGAGGCCACUUUGCCCAGGGAGGAGGCAGAGGCCCUUCGUGAACGUCUGAAUGAGCUGCAAGGAGCCAAGGAUCUGGAGGCCAAAGAGCAGCAGGCUAGGGAGAGGUUUCUGCAUAAGUUUCCCGAGUUGAAACUCAAGAUUGAGGAGCGCAUAAGAAAGCUCCACGAGCUCGCAGAUGAGGUGGACAGGGUACACAGGGACGCCACCAUCUGCAAUGUAGCAUCCGACUCUGUUGCUGUCACGUCAGGUGUCCUGGGCAUCCUCGGCCUUGUUCUGGCGCCUUAUGCAGCGAUGGCCUGUCUGGUAGUGUCAGCAGUUUCAGCGGGGCUGGGAGUAGCAUCAGGUGUGACUGGAAUGUAUGCCAGCUCCAUGGAAAUGUCCAGCGAGUGUUCCUCCAUAGACGAAGCAAAUAGCCUGAUAUUGAGUGACACUGAUGAAGACAAGGUAUUUCAAAAGUUUCUGGAUGACUACAUAGACUCUUUUUUUCCCAUAAUAUAUGAUUUAUAUGAAAACCUGAAGGACCUUGCAGCUAAUGUUCGUGCCAUCAGGGCAGCCAGGGGGAACCCUCGGUUGGCUGUCCAGGCCCAGCGCUUCAGCAGAGGUUUGCCUGUCUCAGGUCGAACUGCCAGGCAGGUGCAGAACACUUUUCGAGACACUGCUCUGACAAUGACCAGAGGAGCCCGGGUCGGGAGUGGGCUUUUCUCAGUUCUCUUUCUUGGAUUAGAUGUGUUUGAUCUUGUGAAAGACUCAAUGCACCUGCAAGAGGGCGCAAAGGCAGAGUCAGCUGAAGACAUGAGGCGGCGGGCCCGGGAGCUGGAGAGCAAGUUGGAGAAGCUCACCGAGUCUUAUGAACGUCUGAAGGAGGGCCCAACUCCGUGAUCCCCGAGCAGGGCAGGGAGCAGGGACAUGUGUGGGACAAUGACAUGGAGGUGCCUUAUUAGAGGGGGAAAAAGUGCAAAGUGAAGCUUUUGUGCUGGGGUGUUGAGCAGUUUGGCAUUUUUGGCAUUUCUGAAGCUGAGCCCAAUGAGGGAGGGGUUAUUGCAGUUGGCAGAAGAGUAGGGGGGAAUGUUUAGCAAGUUGUUGGUGCUCUUUGGGUUCAGGGUGCGCUGAGCGACCAGUGAAAUUCCAAUGAUAAUCUAAAGGGUGUUGGAACAAUGGCUGAUUUGGAAAAAAAAAAAAAAAAGUGGUGGUGGAAGCGGGGAAAUAGAGAAGAGAUAGCAGAGGCCAGCACAAGUCAAGGAACCUGGCCAUAUGUCGAGGAGAUCAACCAGCUCGGUUGCCAGGAGACGCCGCCUCUCUGAGCCUCAGAGUCCUCAUCGCUUGGUUGCGGGGGAGUGUAUUGAAGAUCUGUGUGACUUUCUCAAUCCUGUCUUCUAUCGCCUGCUUCAAUAAAUAUGGACUGAUGCA